AGGAUACGUUGCGCUUCGCCGUCUUUCUUUUGUUUGGGCAGCAAGGAAUAAAGAAAAACUCAUUGGAUUUCUCUUAACCAUCUCCGUGUGCGCGUAGUCUUCUGUCCUCGCCUGUUUACUUUGAUCAUCUCAUCUGUGGGCUUCAUAAUUUUUGGCCUUUGUCCUCUUUAACUGUCGGUUUCCCAACAUUAGGCAGCAACUCUAGCGUUCGGAGAGAUGGCCCGCUCUGCUGUACCGACGGCCCUCGUUGCCGCACUGCUGCUGCUGCUCGCCAGCGCCGUUUCCGUACAGGCCAGCUACUGGUCGGACGAGGUCACACGUGUGCGCACGUACGCUGCCCAGCACUACAUGGACCGCACCGCCAAGGACCCGAACGUGUCCGCGCUCCCGUCCGGGCUGCUCGUCACGAUCCUCCGCCGUGGCGCCGGCGACCGCGCACCGGCUGCGGAGGACGUCUGCGAGGUCCACUACACCAUCCACCACCGCUUCCCCGGCAUUGUGGACGACACCCGCGACAAGCCCUACCCGGUGCGUCGCUCCCCGUCGCAGCUUCUCCUCGGCAUGGCGGAAGCGAUGCAGCUCAUGCGGGAGGGGGAUCGCUGGUUCCUCUAUGUGCCUUCGAAGCUGGCCUACGGCACGGAGGGGUGGAAGGAGCGUCGGGUGGCAGGUCUGGCCAACGUGCGGGUCGACCUCGAGGUGCUCAAGUGCGAGAACCCGCGCGGCAAGACGAGUGAGGAGAUCGACGCCUAUCUGGCGCCGUUCCUCAAGACCCCGAUGCCCGCCAAGUCUAUGCCCAUCAACUACGCGGAUCUGUAG